GCGGCGGAAGGGCCGGGAGGGCUGCGCCCCGGGCGGCGGCAGAGAGGAUCGCGGGGCCGGGGAGGGGCGCGGGCCGCCCCCUCCCCCGCUGCGGAGCCCCUUCGUGCACCAGCUGCGCUUCAGCGCCCUGCAGAAAGCCAAGAUUGCCUUCAUGACGCUGACACUGUUCCCCAUCCGGCUGUUCUUUGCGGCCUUCAUGAUGUUGCUGGCCUGGCCCUUUGCCUUCAUUGCAUCCAUGGGACCCGCGGAGAAAGUGCUGGAAAAGCCCCUCCCCUGGUGGCGAAAGGUCAUCAACGUCUUGCUGAAGGCAAUCAUGAGAAUAAUGUGGCUCGCUGGUGGGUUCCACUGGAUAAACGUCAAGGGCAAGCAGGCGUUGCCCACCGAAGCCGCGAUUUUGACUCUGGCGCCACAUUCCUCCUACUUCGACGCCAUACCGGUAACCAUGACCAUGGCUUCCAUCGUGAUGAAAGCAGAAAGCAAAGAUAUUCCUAUCUGGGGAACUCUAAUCAAAUACAUUCGACCCGUGUUUGUAUCUCGAUCAGAUCAGGAUUCCCGGAGAAAAACGGUUGAGGAGAUCAAACGACGUGCUCAGUCCAAGGGCAAAUGGCCACAGAUAAUGAUAUUCCCAGAAGGAACCUGCACUAAUCGAUCCUGUCUAAUUACCUUCAAGCCUGGAGCUUUUAUCCCCGGAGUGCCUGUCCAGCCGGUGAUUUUACGAUACCCAAACAAACUGGAUACAAUUACGUGGACUUGGCAAGGACCAGGAGCGUUGAAAAUUCUGUGGCUUACUUUAUGUCAGUUCCAUAAUUAUGUGGAAAUUGAGUUCCUGCCUGUAUACGUUCCUUCUGAUGAGGAAAGGAAGAACCCAUCUUUGUAUGCGAGGAACGUGAGACAUGUGAUGGCAAAGGCGUUGGGCGUCUCAGUGACAGACUAUACUUUUGAAGACUGCCAACUGGCUCUAGCGGAAGGACAACUCCGCCUGCCUUCAAACACCUGUCUCUUAGAAUUUGCAAAACUUGUAAGAAGUCUUGGAUUAAAGCCAGAGAGGCUUGAAAAAGAAAUCGAUGCAUAUUCAAGCAGCGCUAAGAGAAAGAAAGGCAAAAAGGUCAACGUCAGGGAGUUUGCUGAAUUCUUGGAAGUCCCCGUCUCUGACACAUUAGAAAGUAUGUUUGCACUUUUUGAUGAGAAGGAAGAGGGUCUGAUUGACUUACGAGAAUACGUGACCGCUUUCUCAGUCGUGUGCAGGCCAUCCCAGACUUUGCAAACAAUACAGCUGGCAUUUCAGAUGUAUCAGUCGGAAUCUGGCACUCUAACAGAAGAAGAUUUAGCUUGCAUUCUAAAGACCGCCAUGGGUGUUUCAGAUCUUAACGUCUCGAACCUUUUCAGAGCUAUAGAUGACAAGGAAAGAGGAAGAAUUUCCUAUGAUGAUCUCCACAGAUUCGCUGAAGCACAUCCAGACUUUGCUGAGGAGUAUUUGUAUCCUGACCAAAUGGAAACUCUCGCUCCCAACGGCUUCUGUACAGACUUCAGUCCAGAAAUCAGUGAAGACAGGAACAAUUGCCUACAGAAGAAGCUGGACUAAUAGCAACCAUUCUGCCGUCCCCUGGUGAGGAAGGAAUGUCCUGACAUGGCCUCUGGGUGACCACAGAGCUAUAAAACCGGAAAGGUGUGAGGGCUGUGAGAGGAGUCGUGUGUUGGCGCGUGUGUAGACCUGAGAGAAAGAGUGUGUGAGAAGAUCUCGCUGCAUGAAUGACCAUCUCCAGGCUUCGUUCUGGGAAAGCCUUGUUUUCCCAUCAGCCUCUUGGAAAAUUUCGAAUGUGAAUGAACUUUCUUUUGUGUACUUAUAAAGAAGAUGCUUGCCUAUUUAUAUCCCAUUGUUUAGUUUCAUGUACAAAGGUGUCCUACAAGUGUGCAUGUGUAAAAAAAAAUACUGUAGCUCCUUAUGGUGUCAAGUGGACUUUUAGUGUUAUCCCGAUUUAGGGAAUUUUUGAGGGAUUAAGUUCUGAUUUCCUUUUGCACAGGAAGAUGGGUCUGUUCAGUACUGGCCCUUGUCCUCAGUGUUCUGAGCAAAACAUGCUCAAUUUGGCCCUCUUGUUUCCACUUCAGUGAAUAGAUAAUGAAAAAUAUGCAAAAAACCCCAUUUAAACUAAGAAAUGGUUUUGCUUAUUUUUCCUUGCAACGUUACCUUUUUGUCUUUCAGUCUAUGGUAACAUCAAAAAAGGGAAGGAGAAUUAUUCUUCCCAAGAUUGUGUGCAUUCUGUAAGCCAAAUUCUAUAAUUAGGAAAAGUUGGAUUCGAAAGUCUGUUUAAACCAUACAAACUCGUACACAAAAGCUCCACAUUCUGCAUAGUCCCGCUUUUGUUGAACAUGGACAAGGGCAAAACAAACCAACCAAGCCACUCUGCACCUGAAAACUGGUCACUUGGAUUGCUAUCCCCUGUCCCCAAAAUAGCCCCUUGGAUUUUAUUGCCCAUGUGCUUUUGAGCUUACCUUCACCAUCUUAUCAUGGAGAAAUAGGCAUUUUUAAAAACGAAGGUUCACUUUCUCAGGAUGAUGAAUUGUGUGCUAAAAUCUAACUCGUGAACUCAAAGAUCCCAGAAAGCACACAGCCUUGGAUAUUCCCUGGUCUUUUCUGUUAUACUUCAAGUUGGAGAGGAUUAUUGAACAAGACGUAUUUUAAAACCAGCCUCAGCAGAGAUGGCUUUUUUGCACAGAAGUAGACUGAGCAGGCAUAAAAUAAACGUUUGCUAACAUCCGCACUCCCUCCAAACAGCCCCAAAGGUCCCAGGUUGUAGCAGUACGGACUUUCAGAAAGAACUCCCAACCAUCUCCAGCCGUUCUCCGCCACCCUCUGCGUUGGUCACUGCUUUUCACUGCAAGACACUGGUCGGGUUCGCACAGAUCGCUAAGCCAGGAUUUGGCAUUCAGUGUGCUUGUUCCAGUGAACCCAAGCAGAGCCUCUGGGCUUGCACACCUCUCCCACUGUCCAAUAUGACCUCGCAUUUUACUCUGGAAAUUGCACUGUGUCAUCAAAUGGCUAUUCUGCCUUUCCUCAGUGCUUUUGGUCACUCACAAAAUCCAGGGUUUGUUUCUGAAAGGAGCAACACAGGAGCGUAGAUUUCCUCCUCGUGUCCUCAAAGCCACUCUUCAUUUUUCAGAAAUGUCAUUGUGAAAAUUCCAGCGAUAUUUCAGGAUGCUGAGCCCUCAGGGCACACCUCUUAAUUUCAUCACAACUUUCCAGUAGACGCCACUUAAGAGUAGAGUUUAUAAAACUUUUUUUUUUUUAUUGUGCUAGCAUAAAGAAGAAUUUUAGUAGAAAUUUAUGACAGACUUAAGGUGCAACCCUAUACAAGCUUGGGCAGAAAAAGGCCUACUGCUCUUUGGGCUUUUUUCUGUCCAAAUUUGCAUAGGAUGGCACUCUUAAGCCAUUAAUGCACUGUUAAAAGGUGUGUGUUUACAUGCACGGUUACACCUAGAGUUAUCUCUAUGUCUGUGUUAAUGCCUACAAAUAGGAGUAGGAGUAAAAUGGACAUACCAAACCAGCUGUACUCCCACUCAAGUGUGGAAAGUUUAUGGCAAAAGCUUACAGGGGAAGAGUGAUUUAGGAUACUUCCAAAUUAAGUUUCUACUGUUCUGCCUCCUUCACAAAAUCUUAUUGCAUGAGGAUGGGGUUCAGAGAUCAUCUCUAAUUUCUAACCCUCCCAGGUUUUCCCAUCACAGCUUCCAUCUUUUUUUCCCUUACUAGGAAAUGAUUUAUGGAAAAAAAGACAGCAUAGCUGUAACCCUUUUAACUGGGAGCACCAGGAAUUCUCCUUCGGCAAUCCCCUUCACCCCCUCCUCUGCCUGUGUGUCUUCCAUUUCUUUUAGACCCUGUGAUUCCCCUUGGGGCCAUUCUCCUCUAGUGGUUCCAAAGCAGACACUCUCCCGGGGGUGACUACCCCUAAUGCGUGUCUCACCUCAAAGCUCAGUACCAUGAGGACUAGAAACAUUCUUUUCUUAUUGUUUUUAUGAUGAACUUCAACUGAAAGAUAGAUCAGGCCGCUGGUUUAUUUACAUGCCUGCUCUGAGCAGAAACUAACGGUGGAACCCAAUUAGCUCUACACCCCCCAUUAGUUAGUCUUUGCUGACAACACAUUUCCGGCUUCCCACGUCCGCUUGGAUCCCCUCAUAUCUGCUUUGGAGCAGUUUUUGGGAAGUUUUGAAGGAGGGGAGAAGGGAAGAGAGUUAUUUUCACACCACCCUGCUUGUAGGAAUUGGCUUCCACUCUAAGAUAUCCUGUACAUUGCAUGCUUUCUCUCUCUCUGUAAAGGCUCCCCCGAAACAUGCAUUCGUGCACGUAGUCCUGUUGAAGUAGGUGGGGUGAUGGUAUUCACAACUGGGACCAAAGAACCAAGAACAUUUUUUGUUAAAAAGUGUUGUUAUGAUCACUACAGUCCUUCUACUGUCAGUGGGAGCAGCUUUUUAUACAUUUCAACUUGUUUGUGGGAUAAUGACUAUAUUAUAGAGUCCUACUUUAUCACAGCAUUUUUAUACCUCUCAUGAUCAUUUAAAAUAAUUUUAUUGUAGGGUUUUUCCAUAGCUUCCGAAAGCAUAUAGGCUUUUAUAUACAAUAACAGGAUUGGAACUGUUGUGCUAUCAAAUUCACUGGUUUGCUGUUGAUUCUGUUUUGAAGAAUUGCCGCGUCUCUUCGGUAUUUAGGUUUUGCAAGGCAUGUGGAGAAAUAAGUGCCGUAAAAAAAGAAAACAAAAAUUUGAAAACAAACAAACAACACACGUACCCCAGAAAUCCCCUGUAAUGCUCAUCAUGGGAUUCUCACAGGUGAAUUCCAUGCAAAAUCCCAAUUGUGUAAAGUAUCUCAUCUUUUAAAAUCAUUUGGCCAAGAUGGGAUUAGAAAACGGCAGGGGAAGGCCGUUCCAAGGAAGCUUCCUCGCUCCGGCAUAAUGCUUAUCCUCCCACCUGACCCAAUUUGCCAAAUUUAGACAUACAGUAAGCUUCAAGAUCGCAAGGAUAACAAUUUGCAUAGAUUAAUCCUAGCAUGAGUGCAGCUAAUGCGAACUGAUGCUAUUUAGACGUGUGGUUCCUCACCCCACUGCAGGCACAUAAAACUCAGUGGGCGGUUUUAGUCACAGGAAAGUUGCUGAGCCUAAAGCAGAAGGCUGCCCCUUCCAUUUCUGGUUUUGGCGCCAACCGUCACAACCGUGGAGAGCAUCACUUAUUCCCAAUCCUGUAUCCAAGAGCGAAUUCAUUUGCGAACCUCUGGUCUGUAUAUAUCCAAAAGGGCACCCAUCCAUGCACACGGGGGAAUCCACAGGUCCUGGACUGAAGCACAGGGCGAGUGGGGACAGAAAACCAGAGGGGAGCAAUGGUGUGUCUUGCAACUGGACGUGUGUGGCUGGCCCUUUGGAUUGGACCCCUUGACCCCACAGCGUUCUGUUGCAGGGCCCACUAACACUUGAAUUUGGCAAAGCUGCUACUGGUGCUUCUUCUCCCAAGGAACCGUGUUGAGAACCACUCCCUCUAUAAAAGGCUCUACAGUGAAAUGAGAAAGACCUCCAUCUUCUGCUUCGGAGUCCAUUGUCCCCAUCUCCUGGUUCAUUUGCCGUGUUAGCCUGGUGGGGCUAGGCGAAUCCUUAAUUUCUAAAAACCGUUAAUGAGUCAGAAGGGUCCAGCAGAAGGUGUUGUGUGGGAGAGCUUUGAGAAAGGAACCCCCAGUAAAGAGGCAUAUGAGGUUGAGCUAAACAUUCAGUGGAUUUCUUUUAGAGACUCGAGAGAGGCAGGUUAUAGUAGGAAAAGUAACUGGACAGAGCAGGGCCAUGAAGGAAACAUGCGAGAUGGGAACUUACUCUGGUUUCUUUGCUUCCUCAGUGACCCUUAGGGGGAAAAGGGCCACCUUCAGCCAGUCAGGGCUACAUCCUCUUUCGCCUGCCCUCCAAUUGCUAUGAAAGAAGACAGGGUCUCCCUUCCGGCAAAUGUUUUCAAAGGCCAGUCAUCCAAGCCUACCCGAUCACUUUGAUACAGUAAUUAACCACUUCUCUUUUCAUUUCUCCAGCUUUCCUGCUGGUUUGCUUCCAUUCUUCAGUAAUCCAGUGGUUAUGGUGUUGCACUUUAAAAACGAACGCAUCAAGGUUUAAGCUUGCCUGUGAGCCACACAGUUCUGACCGAAAAGGCCUGUGAGCAUCAUCACUAGCGGGAGACAUUCUUCUGAUUACCUCUUUUAUUAUGCCUGAGUUUUAGAAACAGCUUUGAAGACUCGCUGCCUGAUACACUUUGGCUCAGUUUGAUAAAUUUGGCUCGAAAUACUUCAUGCCGAGUCUCAUAGUUGUAUAAGAAGGCUUGGUUCUCAGGGCACAUUGAGUAUCUGUCUCCUUACAUCUGUCUCACUAUAUGGCUCCACCCAUCCAUCACAUGUUUAUUUCUGGAAUCCGUCUGCUGACUAGGGAUGAUUCCUCUAUGUCUCCUGCAGUUAACCUAGCCUUGCAGACAGAGCUGGAAAGUUAGUAGCCCACAGAAUUGCUCGUCACAUAAACCUGUGCUAGUCAUCCAUGGACUAAAAAUAAACAUUUUAGUUUCUUUCUUUCCUGAAAUUAACUCUUUAACAACUAUUGACAUGAUGGGGCUAUGAAAAACUCUGCCCCCUCAUCUCUUGGAUUUCAGUGUCUCUGGAAACUUGCAAAUGACCGUGAGCAGCAAAUGCUGGUAGUCUUGUCCUGGUUGCUCUGUACUGUGAAUUAAACCUUAACCGGACUCUCAGAAUGACAGAAUUUAAGAACAGAGCAUAGUACGGCCCUUAGAACCAAAUCCCUUUGGUUUGUUGGCUUUAAAACCAAACCUUUUACCUUGGAUUAGGUAAUCAUAAUGGGCAGAGUUCUGUCCUGUUUGAAGAGCUGGCAUUGUUCAAGAAGGUACUUGUUCACCAGGAGAUGGCACUUGUACAUUAUAAUCCCACCACUGGGGCACCCUUCAUGGCUACCACUGGCCGCGAUGGCCAGCUCCAGAAGAAAAGGAGAUCUGCAUUUGCAGCAUCCAGAAGCGAGCUGUGAGAUUUGGCCACCAAGUCAGUUGUUAAAUUGGCCUUAGAUGCUCGUAAGAAUUGUUGUGGCCUUCUGUGUCACUACACAGCCCUUCCUGCAUACGGAAGACUUUGGCAGUAAGUUAAAGCUUGGAUAUCUCUAAAGAGUUUGCAUUCUCAAGAAAAUCAAGCUAACAGCUAACACACACAUAAGCUCCCAAAGCUACCUUCCUUUCUCAGAGUAAUUUCUCUUUAGUUUUAUUACAUCCGUUACUAACGCCAAUGCUUCUAGGGCCUGCCAUUCCUUCAAGGGAGAGCUCUGACAUCAAAACAAAGACCUGUCCAGGAUGGCAUAACAUUCUGAGAAGUUUCUUGAGAGACAAAAUAAUCACAGGUCUUCUGACAAAGAGACAAAUUACUGAAAUGAUGUUUGUAUUUGGUCUGAAACAGCUUGGUGUUUCUAUAUAGUGAUACAAAAGGUAUCAGAGAUACCGUUAUAAUAAGGUAUAAUAGCACAUCUUACUGUUAUUUCAUGAAACUGCAUUACUUUACAUCACAAAAUAUACAUCAGAAUUGAUUUCAGAUUCCAGUAUGUGUUUCUUCCCUCUUCAAGCCUUUCGGCUAAGAACAUUAGCAAAACAAUUGAAGUAAACAAGAGGAAGAAAGAUGAUCUUGCCAGACAGAAGGAUGGACAGGGCAAUUCUAGGCCCCUAAACAGCAUCGGAGGGGCUACAGGAUAUUAUGAAUUCCCCAGUCUGAAGUUGGAGACCGCGCUCCACUCUUGGCAUGGGGAAUCAGAGUUUUUAUCUCCCGCCCCUUGCAACCGGCAUAAAAGGAAGCACACCGUCUGUGUCUGUGGUCAGGAAAAUGGAGUGUUUUGGCAGGUAGGCAUGUGAGAAGACUCAAGAAGCCUUUCCAGGCUCAUUCCCUCGUCCUCCAAAAUACUCCACCAAAAUGGGCAAAAAAGCCUGUCUGGCCAAAAAUGGAGAUUGUGUCUGCUGCUCUUCCCACUCUGCAAAGGGAAACCUCCAAGAUCCGCAGCUCAUAUCCCUUAAAAUAGGAAUGCGCUCUAAAUCUUUCAGUGCUCCUGUCUUCCUGCUGCUUCUUUUGAUGCCUUCUGUUUAAGACUGCGAGCAUCCAGAUAAAGUGCCGCCGUGGCAGUUCACAGCAGCAAAUGUUACAAUCUCAGGGUACGAUGGCCUAAUCCUAAAAGUCCAACGCCAGGCUAGGAUGACGUUCAGAAUAUGAACUGGACUUGGGCUAUUUGAUUUUGGGGCUGAACUGUCCAUUGUUGGCAUUGGUUUCUCUGAUAUUUUCUCGUCCUUGCCAUACACAUUGCAGAGAAUGAAUUCAAAGUCAACUCUUCGGGAAAUGAAGACAUCGGCUCUCCCCUUUUUAUGACAAACAAAGCAAGUUAAAAACUCAAAGGAAAGUCUUAUAGCACCCUGUCCAUACGCUACAAAUCUUUCAUUUAUCACUUUGUUUACAUUUCUUCUUGCACUUGUCGACAUCGGAAGUUACUUUCUCUUCAGGGACCUACGGUCUUGAUGUGCAUUAUUACUUCUGCUGCCCGAAUUACCAUUCGUACUUGAUCUUGCCAUGCGAGCCAUCGUCUCCAUGAGAAACGAUAACAUAACAUGUCAUAUUAAUUCACACUCCCAUGGGACCGCUCAUGCAACCCUCCCAACAGAUCCUCUUGAAAAUACUUUGCAAGAUAGAAUAUUUCCAAGGAAAUACUAUGGUACGUGCGUCAAGGGUUUUGCUAACUAAGCCCUCCUUCCCACCACACUGCAGAAACGGAGGCAUUUUAACACGGCAUUCCCAGAGUUUCUCAACACUGUUACAGCUAACACAGUAAUGUUCCAGGGGGCUGAGGGCCAGGUCUCUAAUCAUCCACUCCUGAGCAAAACUGUGACUAUCACUAGUGCUUUUGAUGUCAACAGGAUACAAUGACUUCUGGACUCUCUCGAAUAUUUGACUCUAACGCCCCACUGGAGCAAGAGGCCCAAGAGUGAGUUAAUCCUGGAACCCACCAUUACAGUUUGUAAGGCAGAUGUAGGAACGGUUCUCUGGAAAUCGCUUUCCCAUACUUAAGUUUUUUAUUCCACACCUUGCAGCUAGCUCCUUUGUAGUAGGCAUGUAUUUUCAAUGUUACUGUUGCUGGAAAUAAAAUAUGGGGCUAAUAUUUUCUUUGUUUCUAAGCACAUAAAAGUUCAGGAAGUCAAGUCUUCUUUAGAGCUGGCCAGAAUCCAAUUCACCGCUAAUUUGUUCCUUAUACAUUCAGUGGGGCUUUGGACUUGUUUUUAAAAUGGUGGUGUUUGCCUACCCCAUGCUAUCAUGCAAAUUUUCUUUCAAAAUUUAGAAGUGUUUGAGAAUUAUGCACAAGUUUCCUCUUGUGCAUAACGAGGAAAAAUAAAUUUUAUAGGAAAUGCUUCUGUCCUGGAAUGCAUUUAAAAUAGCUCUUUGGAACCCAGCCCUUAUUUCCUAUUUCUAAAUGCAACUAAGAUAGAAAAAAGACCAAAAUUUUCCUGCUGACAAUAUUCCAGAAUCAGAAGAUAUCCGGAUUUACAAGUUAUUUAAAGUCUUUAACUUGUAAAAGGGAACCAAAAUGCUUAUUUUAACACAUAUCAAAUCUGUGAAAUAACUAUUCCUGAAGAUAAAAUAACUAAAGUAACUAAAAAUCUUGAAUGCUUUUUAAUGUCUCUAUUUUUCCACAUAUCUUGCCUCAUACUGUGAAAAUCAAUCUGGAUACUUCUUAGAGAGCAGUUGUAUAAUAACCCAGCAAUAUGCUUAAUUUUCCUAAUACAAAAAAAAGGAAAACAAAAUAUUCUUACAGAGCUGGGAUUUCACAAGCAAGCAGAUUGUAGUAGUUAGUGAAAUGUUUUUGUGUUCUGUUUACAUUAAGAGUACCUUUUUCUAUGGUUACCUUUAGGGGAGUAAAGGCCUCUUAAAGUGAUAAUUGUUAUACAUUAGAACUUUAAUAUCCGAGUAACUCUUCUUAAACAAGUUCUGAAGUUUAUAGUUUAAGGAUCAAGGAACAUGUGUGGUCUUCACAUCUUCUAGCUUUGUAUGAAGUACUUUAUAAUUUGUAAAGUUACAGCGGUUUACUGAAACUUCCUCCAAGAUUGCUGCAGGACUGUUUUCUAUAUCUUUUUCUAACUGUUGAUAGCUCCAAAAGCAUUAUAGGCAGAUGUUUAUUUUCAAGGGGGCAGCAAAACAUUGGACCAUUAAUUUAAAAUAUUCUAUGCCUUUAAAAUUAUGACAAGAAGAUCAAAAUUGCGGCUUCUUUAUAUAUAUUGUCUAGCAUUACUACAUUUCUAGGCUUUUAAAAAUAAAUUUGACGUGAAAUCACUGCUCUUUGACUUAAACAGUCACUUUAGAGACUGCUUUGCUACGACUGAACCCAAUGAGAAUCACUGCCUAAAGACAGAAUAUUUCUGCAAGCCUUUGCCCACUUACCUAGGGGUAAGCCCCAUUGAACUCAAUGAAACUUACCUCUGAGUAAUAUAUAGGAUCAUGCUAUAAAUCUCUGCUUGGACCAAUAGCCUUGCGGAUACGACAAUACUUCUUUCCUCACUGUGCCACCCAAGGAGGGAAUUAACGGGUCAGACUUUACCCGUGCUAAACAUUCCAUGACAAUCAGUGCUCCUGAAUCAAGUCCUUCUGUAAAGAGGAAAAAAACUUGGGACAGUUUUUCAAUGCUGUAUCUUUGCAUUCUGUUACACAUGAUAUAUUGUACUGAUUAAGCUUAAGGAUUCUGGAAUCACCGUUUCUGAUUUUCCACAGGGUUUCUCUUGUGUAAAUGUACAUAGGUUUUUGUUUUGUUGUUGUUUUUUCAUUAUAAAAGAACUAAUGUUAACUAUAAUCCAAGCAGGUGCAUCCAUCAGGUAGAACAUGGACCUGAAGCUGAGCCCCGGACAUGCUACACAGGCAAAUAAGUAUAUUGGAUGCUCUGAUAGCAUGUUGGCAUUCUACUCCCCUUCCAAAAGUGCUGGUUAUAGUUCAGUGCUAUUUCAUUGUCUUUACUGAAAUAAUCUUUCAAAGAAUGUUACCUUUUUGUACAUCGUCUCAAGUUUAUACAGUCUGACUGUAUCUGGUAUCAGUACUAUCCACUAAUUUCCUAAUGGAAAUACCUCACUUUGAGCAAUCUCUUUUGUAAUUGUCAGGUGAGUGAAAUUCUUGUCUGUUACUGAUUGUAAAGUGCUAUGAACUGAACCAAGCCAAGGAACAAAAGAACAAUCGGAUUUAUGGUUUACCAUUACAAGACAUGCUGAUUUCCUUAAAAUAAAUCUGGUGUUUGUUUAUAAAAAUUA